UCGUUUUUUGGGUCGAUUUUUUAAUGCCGUUUCAGCGGAUUACCAUUUUUAUGACAAUGGGUGCAUCGCGUUUGUUCUGAGGUCCCUGCACCGAUCGAUAUUGGUAUUAUGUUUGUUUAUUUAUGCAAUCGUUUUGAUGGCUGCAACGGGACAUGUGUAAAUUCAAAAAUCUGGGAUAUGCUCCAUUAAGUAAGACUACUGACCUACCCUAGGAGCUUAUCGUCUUGUAAUAAAUAGAAGUUGUUUUUGACUUGAAAGAUCAAAUUAAUUUAACUAAAAUUCUACAAUAUAUAAAAUGGAGGAGGACACCAAAGGGGACGAUAAAAUCACAAAACAUACCUUCAUAAACGAAUCAACAUGUGAAUUUCAAAAAGACGUAGAAAAAUUUCUAAGGAAUUUUAAAGCAAAAAAAAGUUAUAAAUGGAUACAUUUUGCUGAAGUUUACAAUUCAAUGGACUUCUCCAACAUUUUCGCUGGAAUACGUCAUCUACAAGUACUCCACGACUUAACAACUAGAAUGUUUGACAUAGUGAAAAAAUAUUUUAAUCAUUCCACAGACUUGUAUAUACAAACCGGAGCUAUUUUCUUAUUGUUUGCCUUAUACAGCAAACAGACGGUUAAAAACUUUAUAAAAAUACGCCUAACACGUGACGAUUACUCGUCAUUAAACAAUUGCGUGCAACUUUUGUUAAGCAAAGAGGAGCACGACCUGCCCUAUAAGUAUUGCGAAAUGAAGGCGAUGGACGCUUUUCAUUUCGUCGCCAAGGGACAGGUACUUUCGCCUGAUUCGAUUUAUUUGAAAUCAACAGGCGUUGAUUUAGGUGACGAUCUCUUUGAAGAGCAAGAAGCUGACAAGUUGUUAGACGAGUGCAAAAAUCUAAUGGAAGAUAGCAACUUUAAGGAACUAGCGAAGAUCGAAAGUAAAUACUCUAAAGCCGUGAAGGAGUGUGGAUCCAAAAAUCCGACAUUCAACUUUUGUAAUUCCACAAUUUUGACGGAUAUUGAAAAAGCUUGUACGGAUAUAAAAAUGAUGAUGAAUAAUGAAACAAUUAUAACUGAAAAGUAAUCGAGUAACAAGGUACUCAAUGGUAAAACUGAUUUAGCUAAAGAUGAAAAGACUAUAACCAAAAGAGAAGAGAAAGAAUUAAUUCCAUUUAAAAAUAUUGGGAGGUCAAAAUAUAUGUUAUUUUUUUAAUAUUUCAAUUAUUUUUUGUUUAUUUUUUUUUAUUUUUUAUAUUUUAAUCUUGUUGAGUUACAUUAUACUUUUAUGUUUUUAAUUUUUGUUAACAAUUCUUGUUCAGUUUAAGUUCUUUGGUGUUUAUUAAAUUUUGAAUAAAUAUUAUUAUAUAUUA